GCCGUGAAGGCGGGGCGCGAGGCGUUGGGAUGUCGGAGGUGGCGGCGGGGAUGGCGGCUGCGGCGAUGGCGGAGGCGCGGCUGCGGCGGAAGCAGUUGCUGAGCGCAGAGGAGGCCGAGCUGUUCGAGCUGGCUCAGGCGGCGGGCAGCGGGCUGGACCCGGAGGUGUUCCGGGUGCUGCUGGACCUGCUGCGCAUGAACGUGGCGCCGCUCGCCGUCUUCCAGGUGCUCAAGUCCAUGUGCGCCGGGCAGCGGCUGCCACCGGGACCCGAGGGCGGACCCCCCGCCGCGCCGGCGCCGCUCCCCGCCGACACCCGAGAGCCCCCCGAGGACGGCCGCGCCCCCGCCCCGCUCCCCCCCGCCUCCGCCCUGCGGCUGCCGCGGCUCGGAGCCCGCCCGCCGCUCUCCCGGCCCCCCCCCGCGGCCUGCCCGUUGCCCCGCGGCCUGCCCGCGCCUCCCGCCGGCCGCAUCGCUCGCCCCGCCGCGGGGAGGGGGCCGCGGGCCGGGCGGCCGGGCCCGAGGGGGGGCUCGGCCGGACCCCGGGGGGCCCGCUCGGUGUGAGCCGCGGAGCCGGGCCCGGCGGGGCUGUGGAGAGAGACCCUCAGGCCUGCUGCCCGCGCCCGUUUUUCCUUAAUUUUUGUUAUUUUUAGGCAACGUAGGGAGCGGGUGCGGAGGAGCGGUGCGGUAUGGGGGGGGGGGCUGGGUUUUGUACCCUCCUGGCUCUGCCCCCCAAGCUUCUAACAAAAAAACCCCCCACCAAACCCAAUUCCUUAAUACACAAAGUUACACAAUGCUGUUUCACUUGUAUCUAACUAAAAAAAAAAAAAAGUUUCUGGUACAUUAGGAAUCCCUGGGAGACGAGGGGAGCUGCUUCUGUCCCCGCGUACCGUGGUGGCUUCUGCCAGCGGUUUCGGUGCCCGGUGGGUGGCAUUGAGGUGGGAAUGUGAAAUGGGAGGCUGUGGGGUUGUUGGCUAAAACAUUGACUGCUUUUGAGUAUAAUUAUCUUUUGUUAUUACUCUAAUUGCGGUGGACAGUAACAAGUGUAGCCCUGAAGCUGUGCCAUAUAUAUAUAUAUUAUUCUUUUCCAAACCAGUUCUAAUAAAGCUUUUACUUAAUUCCUGAGCUUCCUGAAGUGACUUUUGGCUGGUAGCUCGCAAACCCUGUGGAUUAUUUCCAAACGGUUUAAAAAGAGGUAACUUAAAAUAAGUCUGCUGUCACUAAGCUUGAAUUCACUGUGAAAAGGCUAUCCAUUUCUCUUCAAAAACCUAGCAGAAAGGGGAAAAGGCCAAAACAGCAAGGUUUUGUGAUCAUUGUCUGUGGUUGCCAAAGACAAAAUUGCACGCCGAUGGCUCGGCUUGCUCCACGCCUCGGCGCUGCCGUGCCGGUAAUGUGGGUGUGCUUGUUUGGGAACGUGGAAAUGGCUGAGGUCAGGGUGGAUUGUAUUGCUGUGUCCUGUUUUCCCAUCCUCUCUGUGUUUCAGCGUGAAAACUCUGUUGUAGCUGAUGGGUCUCUGUUGACCCGUGAUGAAUUUUGAGGCAAAAUUCUUGAAAAUUUUGAGGCAAAGCUUGAAAAGUAACUGUCAGCAAGGACUGUGCUGGGAACACAGAGAAUGGGGCAAGAAAGAGAAGCUUUGUCAGCGUAGGUAAGCAGAGCAGGGUGGGGGGAACGUAAGGUUUCCCUGUCGUGAUAGUGUAUUACUGCUUAGUCUCACUGCUGAGGCUGCCUUGGUGGUAGGGGGUGUUUAUUCUCAUGGUUGUGCUUGCAAGUCCGGUGAUAAGUCCUAUAGAAAGUGAAGUUGAAAGAGAAGACUUGUUUGACGAACUCUAAGCAGUCAGUUUUAGGGUAAGGUCGAUUAUCUGAGGCACCUUUACAAUAGCAGAGCCUGCUGCUUCUGGUGUGAAAUUCCACGUGGUAAACGGGUGAGAAUUACCUCAUUGAACAGCUGAGGGUGGCUGCACGGAGACUCCGAGGAAGUUUGCUAAAGCCGAAGCGGGAAUUGGCGUGAAUAAAGUGUCUGGGACUCCGUGAACAGGUUCCCCGUUCUCAAGAGAUGAUUUUGAUUAAGAAUUUCCUGCAGAGAAGUUGGUUGUGGUAAAGAGAACAGCCUCACACGUGAUUGACAAGUGACUCUAAAUAUGCACAGGGGAAAAAGAAGACACCUGGCUGACUACUUUUUCCUGAGCAAAAUGAGAGGUGCAGCACUUGGAUAUUUUAAGUAAGCAGCAGUGUGCUAUUACGUUACCGUGCUGAGAGGAAACGUCUUAAAAGAGCAGUGAUUUUGAACAAAAGAUGCUGUUAAAUUUUGCUCUCUCUUCUUCUCCGCCUUUGUUCAUGCUUCAGGUGUGAUGGGCCGCUCAAACUAUGAAGGAACUUUGGUAAGGUUUUUAUUCCUGUCUGUCUGUUAAUCUGGAUUAGUUUUUGUUCUCUCAUGCAUACUGUUUCUGUGGCACUUCCUGUAAAAAAUGAGAUUUUUUUUUUUUUUAUUAUUUUUUGUAGCACUAGGCCACUGCCACAGGCUCGUUUUGGCUAGUAGUAGGCCAGCUCGAUUUGAAAUGGUCAGAUGGCAACUUGUUUGUCAAUCAGCGUUAAAGUCCUCAAGAGGAAAAGCCAGAAACCCUAAGGUAGAGUUGAUAUGUGCUUAACCAUUGUCUCCUACCAGCUUGGGGUGCUGCGGAGAGGUUUUGAGUUUCCAAGUAUCUGUCUUGGGAGCUUAACCGAGUUGUGCCCGCAUCAAUCCAGGAUGCUCAUUCUGCAUCUUUAGCAGAGCAUCUCCUGGUCUGAGAUGGUGCCUGGGUCAGAUUGCAGUCCCAGUGUCUUGGGUCAGACUUUCCUCUCCAGAGUUUUCCUUUAAAAUCGAUGUGUUGAUAUCCUCGAGCACACUGGCACAGGCCCUGGGAACCGAGGGCGAAGUGUAGUGAAGUUCAGAGAAAGAUGGUGCUAGUUCUGCGCUGCUCGUGGUAAAUGCUUGCGGUGUUAGUUUGGCCUUCAGUGUCUCCUGUUGCUGCUUUAUCUCACAAGGCUAAAAUAUGUCUUCAGGGCUAAUUGAUGAUCUGAGAUCACCGGAUCAUAUGCAGCUUAUUGAGACGGGAGGAUUGUGCCCAUCAAGCCACAGUUUCACUACAGACAUGGUAAAACAUUAAAUGCUGAACUUCAAUUUGCUUUCUUUGCAAGCUGGUGCUUGGUAAUGUUGAUAAAGGGGCACUUUGGCCUCCGCUCUCUCCUCAUACUCAGUCCUGACUAAAUUCUGAUGGGCAGCGCUUACAUGCCUUCCCAGAAGGUUUGGUCUUUCCAGCUAUAUAAAUUUUUUUUUUCCGUUUGUUUUCUGGAAGCUUGUGUUAUAUUAGAGCUGUAUCUCACUUUGACUGAAAACUUAUCUUUUUAGUUUCUGUUAGCCCAAGUGACUUCACUGUCACCCAGCAUCCACUGAUGUUAGACAGCAACCAAUUCCUUUGUGAGUAACCAUUGAAAACCUAACUCUCUCAGAAAAUUCUUUGGGUGGAACUUAAGCUCGGCGGCAGCUUAUCGCAACCUUAGUCCUGCGUCCUCAUUUCUGUGAGUAUAUUCGGUACCGGUAAGAUCUCGUUAACUUCGAGAAGAGGACACGUUUUGUCCAGCUCUCCUUGUGAAGAUAAUUUCUGUAGCCUCUCGGAUGGAAGGCAGAUGUCUGCGCUUGCUGUGGUUUAGUCAAAGGAGGAGCUACGUUAGCUCAGUGCCCAGCCUGGCCUAAGUUGGGCAUCAAGUGCAAGUGAGUGAGCUUCUGCAGCUUUAAUUGCAGCUUUGUGCGAAUUUUGGCUAGUCUGAGUCCGCAGUGCCAUGUAGACGCUUGGAGCAAAGUGCCUGGAGUGUCGGAGGAAGAUGUGUAGGACUCCUGGAUGAAGGUCAUGAAAACAAACAGGUGUCCAGAGAGAUCUCCCAAUUCAUGGAAACUGGUAACGAUGUAAAGCAGAACUGGGCCAUCAGCGCCAGCCUUAUCUGUGUUUUACUGGAUCAGCUUAGGCUGAAUUAGGAUUUGAACUAUCUGUAGCUCAAGACAGGAGCUUGUUUUACUAUAGCACUUGGGGGGGAAAAGUGUGUUGCUGAAAUAAAGAUCCCAUUAAAAUGAACAUUUCAUUAGCUGAGUAAUUUUCUCCCCUUAAAUUGGGGAAACAACCAGCUAGCUCAAACUGAAGAGGAGGAGGAAUCACUCCUCUUUCCCUGAGCUUUCUAGUUCUGGGCACAGUCCAAGUCCCUCGUUCAGGAGCUGGGUAAGUGUUAAUAGGGUGACUGGGGGUGUCUGCAGAAGCGUUUGGCUUGCCUUGCCUCCUUUCCCUGUAGGAGCUGCUGCGGGGAAGGGGAACCAAAGCCAUAUUUGCUGUUGGCCCUGCCACCUCUUGUUGGAAGAUGCUGCUUCUGUUUAAGAAGAGGAUGGCACGGCUUCCACGCAGGACCAGGCAUUUGGAGAUGGGAGAUGCCUCCUCUGCACAGCUGGGACUGCUGAUAAAGCCAGAGCUCCUUGCGCUAAUACAAAGAACAGCGAUUGUCCUGUAUAAGCUUGCCAAGCUGCUUCGCACAGUGUCCUUCAGCUCUGCGUAUCUGCUCUUUCUCCUGUGCUUCCUCCUUUGUCAGAAGACAGACAAGUGGCUGAAGUAAUCCAGGUCUCACUAAAGAUUAGGCGAGACUGCUCUGCUCGAGUUUUAUCAGCAACGAUGAGAUAGCAGCUUAGGCUUCUCAGCCCAUCGUGGUGCAGGGAGGUUUUUUUAAAGCAGCUAAAAAAAGGCUAUUACAGCAUUUCUGCACAACGCUGUUGGCAGGGGGGAGCUCUGGUGUGUGUGCCCCUGGUAGUUAGUUCAGCCUUUUUACAGCUGAAGCAACAGGGAGUCUAAUAUGAAUGACUUUAUUUUGCAUUUUUCCACAGAAUAUAGCCAUGGUGUUCCACAUGGAGCUGUGUUUGCUGGUGACCAAAUUCGUGAUAGCUGGCUCAAAAUUACUGUGUUUUGAGUAUUGGAGCAUCCAUCUGGCAUAUUUUAGCUUAGAUACAACUUCAUGCAAGUUGCGUUUGAAACGGUUGCUUAACGGUUGUUGAUUUGGGAGGGAAAGAGCUGAUUUUAAAGAGAAAGGAUGUCUGGACAAUUUCUUUAAGUGCAUGUGAGGAAGAGGUGUGCAUACCCAUUAGGACAGCGGUGUUGGUUUUGGCCUAGAAUAGUUAUGUGUAUAGUUUAGCUUUGUGUAGUUAAAUAUGCCAUUUUCUUACGUACUAUAUCCAUGCUUUCUCUUCCCAUCAGCCAACCCUCAAGACCCUGCUGGUUUCCCUGAAGUUUUCUGCCUCUCUAUUGACAUGCAUAUGUCAAUGCCCUGCUCUUUUUUUUCUAGGCUGAUGAAUAUUCUUCAAGGCUUCUCUGGCUCUUUGCGCUCCAACUGUUUUUUCCACGUUCCCCACUUCCCCAGCUAAGUGUCUUCCAUAAAGUUACUUCCUAGAGCUUUGCCCCAGCUGCUAAAUGUGUUGCUAACAUGAGCUUGCUUUUCAAAAACCUUGCCUCUCUUGUGGACCUCUCAUCUGGUCGAUGGAUUUUAAGACUGCAAAGGAAGGAUCACAGCCUCCCGUUCUGUGUAACAGGGAUUGGAAUGCUUUCCUGCCCUGUGAAACUCUACGUCACACUUAGGUGCCUGUUGGAAACGCCACCGAGCCCUCUGCCAGCCAUGGGCUCGGUGAAGGGUUCACAGGGUGCAUUUUCCUUAUCUGCAUGGAAAAAUAUGCUUUUUCUGUCCUUGUAACUACUUCCUUCCUGUGUAAAUCCUUAGAUAUGAUCAAGGUUUCUUCUAAGUCCUGCUGUUUAAUUAUUUCCUAAAUAUCCCCCUCUCUACUCUGCAGCUUGUUGCCAACUUUGUCCUCCCUAUGUAUUCCUCUUGCCAUCCUUGUGUUUUGUUGCCUUCCCUGUUCAUCCCUUUUUCUCACUUCUUAUUUCCUGCACCUUCUCUGUGUGGCCAGCCUUUUGGGAUGACGACCGUUGCUGCAGGGACCCACAGUGACUGGCAUCGCUCUCGGGUACGUCUGGCCGGCCACGCCAGCUGCUUUACAUCCCUCUGGUACUCACCCUCCACUUACUCAGCCUCGUGUUACCUCGAUGUUCAUCUUGAUGUGGGAUUUGUAAUCCUUCUGUACUCCUUCUGUAUUAAAGAAAUAAGGUAGCUGACAAGGGUAAUGCUAUGUGGAGAGAAUCCCCCCAGAGAUGCUAAGGAUUUCUCUUAAAUGUACUUAAUCUGGUUUUUAUACAUCAUAUAGUGUUGUUUUUUCUGUUAGCUAUUAUGUUUUAAUUGUAGAUUAAAUAUAUCCAUGGGAUCUAACUGAUAGCAACGCAUUCUUAAAUCACGCCACGCACCAGUAAAAUUGUACUCAAACACUUUGUGGUCUGUGUGCCUUCCCUGAAAAAAAAAUAAAAAAUCUGUGGAGUGAUCUA